AUGGGUACUCCAUCUUCUUUACCAACAAACCCUAACCCUAGUCCCAGUCCACCACUACCUCAAUCGCCACCACCGCAGACACCACCACUACCUCAAUCGCCACCACUGCGGACACCACCACUACCCCAAAGCCAAACACCAACCCUCAUUCCGCCGACCCCCCUCUCACCACAAACUGAGCCACAAAAUGAAACACCCAUUUUCAAAACUCAGUUCCAAGAACCAAUGUCUGAACCUGCGCCAACUCAAACCAAAUCUAAAGGUAAAACUAAAAAGGCUGCGGCUAGACCCAAGAAAGCCACUGUCGGAAAAAAGAAAAGGAGCGCCCUCUGUUCCUUUGGACUUAAACUCUCCACCUCAACCUUCCUCUGA